UGGAGCGAUUUAGUGAUUUUUCGCGAUUUCCGUUUGGCAGCCCUGAGUUCCAUCGUGUGUGAUCGUGUGAUGAUUCUUAUCAGUAAACACGCCGCCGCCAAAACUGUAAUUUUUUCAAAGUUGACUUACUUAGUUGACUAAAGUAAAGAAAUUUCAGUAAUUAUUUUCGCUGAAAUUGUGUGACAGGUCCUGCUUUCAUGUCAAAAUCGUCUAAAAGUACGAAUUCUUUCUAAAGCUGUCGGAGGAGUCGAGGAGUCUUGUGUCAAGAUUGCGAAACCAAAGUACUGCGGUCUUUCGUUAUUGCUUGAAAGGUUAUUCCAGAAUAAUUCAAAAUGAGUGCAAGCAACUCAUCCGAACCGAUGCAGGAAGAUUUACUUCAGGAAGACAGUUUCUUCUCUCACUUUCCGCUACCAAGCUUACAACAGUUAGCAUCCAUUCAAGUAGUUCUGCCAAUGCUGUUUGAGCACUUUUCACGAAAGAAGAACAGUUUCUUUAACGAUUAUAGUAAUUUGAAGUCUGAUUUGCUUAGAGCGGUGGAAUCUUUGAAAACUCCUCAAACUAUUGAAAAAAUACUUACGAAAGCGGCGCGUAAGAUUGCUAAAGUAUUGCAUAUAUGGAUGAAACAUUUUGAAUCCCGUGACUUUUCAACUACCACCUUGGAAUAUCGCUAUAUCUCUUUUAACCCGAACAAGUGCGUUUAUUGGCUUUCGAGCGGUGAGAUUGAUUAUAAACGGACUGCUGACAACAUGUUAUCUUCUUGGAAACUGAAAAAAAUGCAAAAAUUCGCCAUCAUGUGUGCAUAUUGCUUAGAAGACGAAAUCAAAGCGUUCGAUUUAAGUUCGCUUCCUAAGUAUUCUAUCAAAAAAAUGAACCUGAAACGUGACUUUUUAAUCGCUUAUUGGAUCUUUUCGUUGAAAAAUAAAUUGCACCACCUCUUCGAUGGAAUUUCCGGUUCCAUUGAUGCCGCAAUGGCUAAACAGUGCGAUGGUGAGCACGCGUUCAAGUAUUUUUGGAAUCGUUUGGGCAAUGAAGAUCGAAUUUCAGUUACUAAACACAAAAUCAGUCGUUUCGGUACUUGUGAUGGUCGUAUAUAUUUUUGCCAAGAUCAAUUAUUUUCCAUGAUGACGUCCGCUGAGCAACUUCAUCUGUUGUCGAUGGUACCCGAUGAGAUUAUAAUAAAUUUUUGGCUCUUGGUGAAAUCACCUUCGCUUGUACAUUGGGCGUGGAAAUACUCGAAAAAUGCGAUGACUGCCAAACGAUUUACCAGAGUAGUGCAAAAAAUAUUCCAAGCUAGAAUUGGGUUCGAUAAAGAUAUGCAGAUGCUCAUAGACUUAUGGGAUACGGCUCCCAUCCAGUUUAAGACAUAUGCAGCUAAGCUCCUAGUAAAUGAGAUUUUUUCACCAUCUCAGUUUGGCAAUUUUAUUUCAAUAGCUGAGUAUUCGGAUUUCAAAGAAGAUGGUCUUACUUGGGACGAAGCAGCGUCAAAGUAUGCGAAGAAAGAAUACGCUCUGAAGUUUUUGUAUAAGUUUUUAUCGCUAGUAAACGCGGAUACUCGAAGACAGUUGCUGCUGAAGAAUGCAAUCGCAUUCGGGAUGAAAAUUUAUGACCCUCGUUUGAUGACUGAUGUAAUCUGCUUAUGUUUGCCAAGCUCGGAAGAUCAAUUGCUGUAUAAAAAAAAAAUUAUGGAUUUUCCCACAAUGAUCGAACAUUGGGCAAAAGACCUUCAUCGCAGAAAUGGUAUAGAAGAUUUCAAGUCCCAAUUAGAAGUUUAUUCGACCGACGUAAAAGCUGCUCAAGAAGUCACGAAGCGAGUACUGCAGUCGAAAUCUCUAGAUAGAAGUAAUUUGUUUUCCAAUGCCGAUGAUUGGAGUGAAAUGAGUAAAUUUAUCGAUGAGACUUUCCACGAUGAUCCGACGUUGGCCUCGACUAUGAAGAAACAACUGCUUUCCUCCAUUUUCACUAGUUGCGAGCAUUAUGUUUGGAACGAAGAGGAGAAGAUCGAUGCGAUGAUGAAAAUUGUCGAACAGGUUCUUACUCCUAAAGAGGUUGCAGUGGAAAAGCGACGUUUUGCUCAAGCUUACAAAUCGAAAUUACAAAAACGCGAAUUUUGUUGGAAUUAUUUCGAGAUGAAUUGUUUCAGUAAAUUAAUGACGUGGUGUUUAGGUGACGGAGAAGCCUUACUGAAAUUUAAGAAAAGUUUUUCUAUCGAUAAAAUCUUCCAUGAUGUAAUGGACGAAGUGAACCAGAAUUAUUGCAAUGAUUCCGAUUUUGAUGAAGGUUUGCUACAUCGACUUAAUGAUUUUUUGAAUUGGAUUUUCCCCAGUACCGAAGAAACAACUAAAUAUAAAUUGAAUAGAUUGGAGACGUUGGAUUUGGAUGAUUUCGCUAUGUUUUCACAUCUUGUAGAUUAUGACGAAUACGAGUAUUUGCCACAGUUAUUAGGUUGGUUUUACGAUGUCGAUCCGAUUCCAUCUGAGGUGAUUGAUGAAUUCAAGGCGAGAGUCGAAGAAAGCUGUUGAGAGGAGCAGCAAUUUUUUCUUCUAAUAUUUGCUUCGCGUACUUAUUAUCUCGAUGACUUAAACAUAUCUAUGUGAGUGUAACAUGUGAAACGAAGUAUUUUCUAUUACCUACACAGUCUUGCCAUAAGUUCUGACCCUACUUUAAACGCUUCUGAUACAAAAACAAAAUUUUAAAAACGUAAAAGUGAUUAUAUAUUCGGAAAGUAGAUGAAAAAAGCUUUAAUUUGACUGUAUUUAGCUGCAACAUGCUGCUCAAGACGCUUAACAAAACGGGAAUGACAGAUGAAACAACAGAAGCCCCACGUACGCAAAAAACCAAAAAAAAUUGACCGAAAAAAUUUUUUUUUUGAAAUUUUUUUUUGCGCAUCAAUUUUUUUUCACUAAAAUAGUAAUUUGGUGAUCCUGGAGCACAGAAUUAUUGUUUUAGUGAAAAAAAUUUGAUGCGCAAAAAAAAAUUUCAAAAAAAAAAAUUUUUCGGUCCAUUUUUUUUGGUUUUUCGCGUACGUGGGGCUUCUGUUGUUUCAUCUGUCAUUCCCGUUUUGUCAAGUGUUUUGAGCAGCAUGUUGCAGCUAAAUACAGUCAAAUUAAAGCUUUUUUCAUCUACUUUCCGAAUAUAUAAUCACUUUUACGUUUUUAAAAUUUUGUUUUUGUAUCAGAAGCGUUUAAAGUAGGGUCAGAACUUAUGGCAAGACUGUGUAGGUAUAUGUUUUUUUCAUUCAUCUGUUUUAUAUUUUAUAUCGUAUAUAUUGAAAUGACUUACGAAGUGUCGAUUAAGUAGGUACCUAUACUAAAUGUAUCGUAUUCAAUUUUGUAUUUUUAUAUCCGUAAUAAAAGUCUCAA